AUGGGGAAAGGCUGCAAGGUCGUGGUCUGUGGCUUGCUCUCUGUGGGGAAAACGGCGAUCUUGGAGCAGCUCCUUUAUGGGAAUCAUACUAUUGGAAUAGAGGACUGUGAGACAAUGGAAGAUGUGUACAUGGCAUCAGUGGAAACGGAUCGAGGGGUCAAGGAACAGUUGCAUCUGUAUGACACCAGAGGCCUGCAGGAAGGCGUGGAGCUGCCCAAGCAUUAUUUUUCAUUUGCCGACGGCUUUGUUCUUGUGUACAGUGUGAAUAACCUUGAAUCCUUUCAAAGAGUGGAGCUUCUGAAGAAGGAGAUUGAUAAGUUCAAAGAUAAAAAAGAGGUGGCGAUCGUGGUUCUAGGGAACAAGAUCGACCUUUCCGAGCAGCGACAGGUGGACGCCGAGGUGGCGCAGCAGUGGGCCAGGAGCGAGAAGGUGCGCCUGUGGGAGGUGACGGUCACCGACCGCAAGACCCUGAUCGAGCCCUUCACCCUGCUGGCCAGCAAGCUCUCCCAGCCCCAGAGCAAAUCCAGCUUCCCUCUGCCCGGCAGGAAAAACAAAGGCAACUCGAGCUCGGAAAACUAG